CAAUUAUUUAUUCUAGUGACUCGUCUCAAAAUUUUCAGAUACAUGUUGGGUAGAACCGGGGAUGGUUGGAGUUAACUACCAGUCAUGCUGAGCCUGAAUUAGGUCAUCUGCCAUCAGGAGUCUAAAUAGGCAAAGUACCAACAUGUUUCCUGGACAUACCCGGCUCAGUCCUGCACUAAACUUCUCCAACUCAUUUCACUUUUCUCUUUACAUAUAAAAGACAAAAUCUCACCUUGAUUCCUAAUCUUUUCCUUGUCUAAACUAUCCCCAUUCUCAAGUCUGAUUAGCCUCAACUUGGCUUCACACAUCCUUUGGCCUGCCUGGUUUUCACGAUGGAUCAGAAUAGGUCACCACAUCGCGAGCCUACUCGCAGUCGUGGUUACAAUCUCAGAAGUAAUACCUUACCUUCUGAUUCACUUUCUGCUUCACCUCCAGCCCCACGUUGCGAGCCUACUAUCACUCCUGCCCACAAUCUCAGGAGCAACACCCCACCUUCUGCACCACCUUUAACUGCACAGAGACUGUUUCUUGAGAUCUAUGAUGCUAUUAUCAAUGCCAGAGACAGCAAAGAACUAAUCUACGAAAACAUUCCACGUGAGAUUGGUUCUCUGGUCGCAGAUUCUCUCGCCGACGAACCCCUUGUCGAGCGAGCAUUUCCAAGAAUCCAGUUCAAUUCAGCUAGAGGCGUUUUGCGUGUUCAUAUAAUGCCUACUCCAAUACAUAACGUCUACCUACAGUGGAUGAAGAACGAGCUGUUUCGUAUGGUAAUGGCUCAGUUUCUUACAUUUGACGAGUUUGAGUAUCUAGAGCUCAAUGUUGCGACCACGUUUACCGGGUUUUCUGGGGCGUAUGCAGGCUCAAGCAAGGAGCCGGAUCUUUAUCUCCAACCUGAUACAAGAGGGCUUUUACCUCGCGUUAUCGUUGAGAGCGGUUGGUCAGAGAGCUGGCCGCAUCUGCAGUCAGAUAGGACCUUGUGGUUCUCCGGUGGGGUGGACGUAAGAUAUGUCAUUCUCCUGAAGUGGACGAAAACUUCAAACGGCAGUGUCACGGGCAUGAUCGAAGUCUUCCAUAGAAACCCUGCUGGCGCCGCAAUUCUCCUUCACCACGAACAGCUAUUUCCGGUACCCACUCCUGCUGUUCAACGAGAUAUACCUAUAACGUUAGAUGAGCUUUUCGGACCGCACCUAUCGCCAGGUAAGAAUCCGAACGCAUAUUUUCUGUUGUCUUUGAACAGGUUGCGAAUGCUAGCGAGGGAGAAAAUACAGGCCAUGGGCCUUAUUCCCGCGUAGCUCGCAACCUGUUCAACGAUGACUGAAAGACUGCAUUCGGAUUUCUGCCUUUCCGCGAUAGCAACCAGGAUUUGUAACAGAAGAGAAAAAGGACUUUGAGGAGCCAUUCAAAAGGUAUGCGACUUUAUUAUCGAUCCUAGAACAGUUCAGAAGGGAUUUGCCCGCCCGUUAUAGGAUGUCAGAUCUAGGAC